AUGUUACUUCGUGCUAUCAGAUAUUGUUCAACAUCCCAAGUUUAUUUGAAUGAACGCGAAAAAUUACGAAUGGGUUUACUACUAAAUAAAUAUCCUAUUAAAUUUAUUGAUCAACAAUUUUAUCGUGUAUUACAGAAGUUUAAUAUUGAUCAACCAUUAACUAGAAAUAACUAUAAUGCUUUACGUCAAAAAGUUAUAAAUACUCCAUUUAAAGAAAAAGUACCAGUCGACUAUAACAGAACAAUGUUUGUUCCUGUCAUUUAUUGCUCUAAUAUGAAAGCAUUUCCUCAAAAAUUCCAUGCACUUUAG